AUCUGCUUUCUCUGGAAUCCAGUGGUCACAUCCCCACCUGGAACCCUGAAUGCCCACCUGAGGUGUCGUCAACAUGGAGUUCUGAAGUCCAUGUGGUUCCUCACAGUGAACCAGGUCUUAAGGAAAAUGCAGAGACGCCACAGCAGCAACACAGAAAACGUUCCACCUGAAAGAAAUCGCAGCCAAGCGCUCAGCUCCGAGGCGAGUGUGGACGAAGGUGGCGUCUUUGAGAGUCUGAAGGCGGAAGCGGCCUCCCCACCAGCGCUCUUCUCGGGCUUAUCCGGCCUCCCGGCAGGCGGCCUCCCCACCACCCCAUUCCCGUCCAGCCUGGUCCUGGGAGCCGCGGCUGGCGGUGGGGACGUGUUCCUGCAGAUGCCGGCAUCCAGGGAGGAAGGCGGGGGCCGUGGCGAGGGGGGCGCCUACCACCACCAUCGGCAGCCCCACCACCACUUCCACCACGGCAGCCACCGCGGGGGCUCCCUGCUGCAGCACGUGGGUGGGGACCACCGCUCACACUCGGACGAGGCAGGCGAUGAGCAGCCUGGGACACCCGCCCCAGCCUUGUCGGAGCUGAAGGCUGUGAUCUGCUGGCUCCAGAAAGGGCUGCCCUUCAUCCUCAUCCUCCUGGCCAAAUUAUGCUUCCAGCAUAAGCUCGGCAUUGCUGUGUGCAUCGGAAUGGCCAGCACCUUCGCCUAUGCCAACUCCACACUCCGGGAACAGGUCUCUCUAAAGGAGAAGAGGUCGGUGCUGGUCAUCUUGUGGAUCUUGGCCUUUCUAGCGGGGAACACCCUCUAUGUGCUCUACACAUUCAGUUCUCAGCAGCUGUAUAACAGCCUCAUAUUCCUGAAGCCCAACCUGGAGACACUGGACUUCUUCGACCUGCUGUGGAUCGUGGGCAUCGCAGACUUUGUGCUCAAGUAUAUCACCAUUGCUCUCAAGUGCCUCGUUGUGGCCCUGCCCAAGAUCAUCCUGGCCGUCAAGUCCAAGGGAAAGUUCUAUCUGGUCAUCGAGGAGCUGAGCCAGCUGUUCCGAUCCCUCGUUCCCAUCCAGCUGUGGUAUAAAUACAUCAUGGGUGAUGAUUCCUCCAACAGCUACUUCCUGGGAGGGGUCCUGAUCGUCCUCUACAGCCUCUGCAAGUCCUUCGACAUCUGUGGCCGCGUGGGUGGAGUCAGGAAGGCCCUGAAGCUUCUCUGCACCUCUCAGAAUUACGGAGUCCGGGCCACGGGGCAGCAGUGCACAGAAGCUGGUGACAUCUGUGCCAUCUGCCAGGCUGAGUUCCGAGAGCCUCUGGUCCUCAUGUGCCAGCACGUGUUCUGUGAGGAGUGCCUCUGCCUCUGGCUGGACCGAGAGCGCACCUGCCCCCUCUGCCGCUCGGUUGCCGUGGAUACCCUGCGCUGCUGGAAGGACGGGGCCACUUCGGCACACUUCCAGGUGUACUAG